AUGGCUUCGCCGUUCAUGAAUGAGCAACCAGUUGAUAUUGGUGCGCAAAUUAUACGAAGAAAAUUUCAUAUAGAGAGGGUUUUGCGCGAUCGGCAAGAUCCUUUAUUGCUCCUGGAGGAAAUUCUGUACGAAAGAUACCGCUUUAGCCGAGGGAGAAUAUUGUACCUCAAAGAUUUAUUAGCUCCGUAUAUUCGAAGUCAAACUCGGCGAAGUCGGGCUCUCACAACCACACAGACAAUAUGCAUUGCUUUGAAGUUUCUUGCAAGCGGCACUUUUUUAUAUACUGUAGGCGAUGCGGAACAUCUAUCGAAAAGUGUAGUUUGCCAGGCAAUUUGUAAAGUCUGUUUGGCUCUGAAACAUUUCCUUCGGGUUUUCAUUGUGUUUCCUGGACACCUGCGUGUGCAGACAAUUAAAGAGGCGUUUCAUGCCAUUGCAGAAUUUCCAAAUGUGAUUGGGGCACUGGAUUGUACACAGAUCCGAAUAAAGGCCCCAUCAGGUCCAAAUGAGCCAGAUUACGUGAACAGAAAAGGCUUCCACAGUAUUAACAUGCAGAUGAUCUGUGAUGCAUCCUACCUUGUAUCAAAUGUGGAGGCUAAAUGGCCAGGGUCUGUUCACGACUCAAGAAUUUUUAAGGAGUCACACCUGUAUCGGACAUUUGAACAAGGUCAUCAUGAUGGAAUCCUGCUUGGGGACAGGGGAUAUGCCUGUAGGAAUUUUCUAAUGACCCCAUUUCCUGACCCCAACCCUGGGCCACAAACUCGAUAUAAUGCAGCUCUGUCUAGGACAAGGGCACGAAUUGAAAUGACUUUUGGCCACCUGAAGGAGAGAUUUCAAUGUCUAAAAAGGCUGAGGGUUGCACCUGACAGAGCAUGUCACAUAAUUGUUGCAUGCUCUGUCUUACACAACAUAGCGACCAUCAGAAAAGAGAGAGUCCCUGAGGUUUUGCUGCAGCCUGAUGAUGACCUUGACCCAGUGCACCUUGAGCAAAGCAGUAGCAGAGCUGCCAGAGACAGGAUUGUGGCCCAACAUUUUCAAUGA